CAUGCAUUGGCAUGGCGCCCCCGGAUUGCGCCAUCUUACGGGAUGGCACGCACAACCGCACCGAGCAAAACGCCCCGAUUGCGGACGACGUCGACGAUCUUGCCCCCGGAAUCUGCCCAGACGCUUUGCUUAGUAGCUGGCAAUACAGUAGCUGCCUGCCUUGUUGCGACGAGCGGUGCAUGAUUGGCUUGGUUCCAUUAUUUCGUUUGUAAUCCUUUUUAACUCCGUAGCAGUUUUGGUUGUUUUUUUUACCGUUUAAAUCUCUCAUGGUCCUCCCUUCCCCGGCGCCUUCUCUCAGGCGGUCUCUCAUAUUGUUUGCUGCGUCAAGGCCAAAGUCGACGAGCUCCACUGCCGUAUUCUUACGACAAGCAGUAUCACCACAACUGCAAGUGCAGCUACAGCCACGGCACUUUCUGCACUCUACUAGAUCCGCCAUGAGCGAAAAGCUGAAGCCGGCGGCGCGCGUGUCGGGCAGGCGGCAGGAUGUGUGGUCCAUCAUCAACGAGGCGGCGGCGGCGUCGCCCAAGCAGCCCAUCGUUAACAUGGGCCAGGGCUUUUUCGGCUACAACCCGCCCAAGUUCAUCCUCGACGCCGCCAAGCAGGCCCUCGACCGCGUCGACUGCAAUCAGUACUCCCCCACCAAGGGUCGCCCCCGCCUCAAGAAGGCCAUCUCGGACGCCUACGCCUCCUUUUGGGGCCGCAAGCUCGACCCCGAGACCGAGAUCACCAUCACCACCGGUGCCAACGAAGGCAUGCUGAGUGCCUUUAUGGCCUUUAUCGAGCCCGGCGAUGAGGUCAUCAUCUUUGAGCCCUUCUUUGACCAAUAUAUAAGCAACAUCGAGAUGCCCGGCGGCAAGAUCGUCUACGUCCCCAUGCACCCCCCCAAGGAGGGCGGCGUCAAGACGCUCUCGGCUGCCGAGUGGACCAUCGACUUUGACGAGCUCGAGAGGGCCAUCACCCCCCACACCAAGAUGCUGGUCCUCAACACCCCCCACAACCCCGUUGGCAAGGUCUUUUCCAAAGACGAGGUGGCAAGGAUCGCCAACCUCUGCCUGAAGCACCAGAUCAUCAUCCUGUCCGACGAAGUAUACGACCGCCUUUUCUACGCCCCCUUCACACGUGUCGCCACCAUCUCGCCCGAGGUCGAAAAGAUCACCCUGACUGUCGGGUCUGCCGGCAAGAACUUUUACGCUACGGGAUGGCGAGUUGGCUGGCUGAUGGGUCCGCCUGACCUCAUCCAAUACGUCGCCGCCGCCCACACUCGCAUCUGCUACUCGUCCGUGUCACCGUUGCAAGAAGCUUGCGCUAUUGGCUUCGAGCAGGCCGAUGCCGAGGGCUUCUGGGACGACCAAGUGGCCGACAUGAAGGGCCGCCUGGCGAGGUUCAACGCCGUGUGGGACGAGCUGGGCCUGCCCUACUCGGAGCCCGAGGGCGGCUACUUCGUCAUGGUGAACCUGAGCAAGGUGCAGCUGCCCGCCGACUACCCGUUCCCGCCCCACGUCGCCGACCGGCCGCGCGACUUCCAGCUGGCUUGGUUCCUCAUUCAGGAGCUUGGUGUCGCCGCCAUCCCCCCGUCCGAGUUCUACACCGACGCCAAUGCCCACAUCGUCGCCGACUACCUCCGCUUCGCCGUCUGCAAGCCCGACGACGUCCUCGAGACGGCCAAGGACCGUCUCAGGGGCCUGAAGAAGUACAUUCGCCAGGAUUAACGCGGCAUGCUGUCUCGGCCAUUUUUAUACCCAAGGUAGCAGUUACUAGUUACUAGAGGAGGCUCCAAGGUACUGCGGCGAUGCCGCGUUUUAGAGGAGGGGAAUGGUAAUUCCGACUAGACGAGGGAAAUUAUCAAGAAGAGACAUAAAUAAAUAAAAAAAUCCCUAGUCUUUAAUGUCACGGUACGCUGGCGACACACAAUUAGAACCAAGGCGAUACGUAACCGAAGCGCCUACGUCCAUGAUAGCCACCCUGCAUUUAACCCGCACUAUAGCGCACUUCCUCUUUCUUCUCUUCUUUGCACAAUCACAAGUCCAUUCCCCUAGUCCUUGGUACGGUGCCGUGACACUUCCACUCCAC